UCCGCAGCACAGUCAGGCGGACACAGAGCGCGAGCGCAGCGCGAGUGACAUCACAAAACAGAGAGCUCUGCUCAGCUCAGCGAGAAGCGCUUGCUUGCCCAAGAUGAUGCUCGCGUACAUGGACCGCGCCGCCGCCGGCGCCGCCACGGAGCGGGACGCGCUCGAGCUGACCGUGGUGGCCGCCGACGCGGCGGAGUGCGCGGCGGCGAGGGACUUCGGCGGCCUCGUGAGCGCCCGCCCCGCGGCCGUCGUCCGGCCGGCGAGCGCGGACGACGUGGCCAGCGCCAUCCGCGCGGCCGCGCGCACCACGCUCCUCACCGUGGCCGCCCGCGGCAACGGCCACUCGGUCGCCGGGCAGGCCAUGUCCGAGGGCGGGCUUGUCCUCGACAUGCGCGCGGGCGCGGCCUCCCGGCGCCAGCAGAUGAAGCUCGUCUCGUCCGGCGGUGGGGCGGCCUUCGCCGACGUCCCCGGCGGCGCGCUCUGGGAGGAGGUCCUCCACUGGGCCGUCUCGAACCACGGCCUCGCCCCCGCCUCCUGGACGGACUACCUCCGGCUCACCGUCGGCGGCACGCUCUCCAACGGCGGCGUGAGCGGGCAGUCCUUCCGCUACGGCCCGCAGGUGUCCAACGUGGCGGAGCUCGAGGUGGUGACCGGGGAAGGCGAGUGCCGCGUCUGCUCCCCCUCCGCCCACCCCGACCUCUUCUUCGCCGUCCUCGGCGGCCUCGGCCAGUUCGGCGUCAUCACCCGCGCCCGCAUCCCGCUCUCCCCGGCGCCACAAACGGUGAAGUGGGCGCGCGUGGUGUACGCGAGCUUCGCGGAGUACGCGGCGGACGCGGAGUGGCUGGUGACGCGGCCGGCCGAGUCGGCGUUCGACUACGUGGAGGGCUUCGCGUUCGUGCGCAGCGACGACCCGGUGAAUGGCUGGCCGUCGGUGCCCAUCCCCGCCGGCGCGCGCUUCGACCCGUCGCUGCUCCCCGCCGGCGAGCCCGGCCCGCUGCUCUACUGCCUGGAGGUGGCCCUGUACCAGCACCACCACCAGCAGCCCGACGCCGUGGACGAGAGGAUGGGGGAGAUGAUGCGGCGGCUCAAGUACGUGCGGGGCCUGGAGUACGCGGCGGACGUCGGGUACGUGGAGUUCCUGUCGCGCGUGAACCGGGUGGAGGAGGAGGCGCGCCGGAGCGGCAGCUGGGCCGCGCCGCACCCGUGGCUCAACCUCUUCGUCUCCGCGCGCGACAUCGCCGACUUCGACCGCGCCGUGCUCAAAGGCAUGCUCGCCGACGGCGUCGACGGGCCCAUGCUCAUCUACCCCAUGCUCAAGAGCAAGUGGGACCCGAACACGUCGGUGGCGCUGCCGGAGGGCGAGGUGUUCUACCUGGUGGCGCUGCUGCGGUUCUGCCCGGGCGGCCGCGGCCGCGGCGCGGCGGUGGAGGAGCUGGUGGCGCAGAACGGCGCCAUCGUCGACGCCUGCCGGAGCAGCGGCUACGACUUCAAGACCUACUUCCCGCACUACCGCACGGAGGCGGACUGGGCGCGCCACUUCGGGUCCAAGUGGGCCCGCUUCGUCGACCGCAAGGCCCGCUACGACCCGCUGGCGAUCCUCGCCCCGGGCCAGAAGAUCUUCGCCAGGACCCCCUCCUCCCGAACCGACCGAUCAUAGCUGCUGUUGGCGGUGAUGAUGACGGUGGUGGAUGAUGAUGAUGAUGAUGAUGAUGAUGGUGAUGAAGAUCUCGACGAUCGACAAGGGGGCGACGACGAUGGGUGAUUAUAGGGUCAUUAUUCAUUAGGCACAUUGAGGGGACAAAAAGGGGCUCCAUGGAUGUUGUCUUAGGGAAGGGGUUGCAAAGAAAACCAAAGAUGUCACCUUUUCCUCAUCAGGCCCCGGCCCUCCCUAAUUAGCAAUUCAGCUAACUAACUAAGUAAUUAGUUCAUGGAAGCGUGCAUCAAGCCGUGAACUCUAA